AUGACUUUUCUACUGUACAUUCUCCUUAUUUUUCCUCUCGUGAAAUCAGAUACAGAUUGUGGACAUCUUAAUGAAUCUAAUGCGUUUUCCGAUUCUGGAACAACUUUUCAAUACAACGGGCAAUGUUGCACAGAUGAAGCUGUUGAAUAUUUAGACAAUUCGGGAUUUAAAACAACGUGGAGACUUGGACUUAAAAAACAGUUGGCAAGCAUAAAAGCAGCAAUAGCAGCUGGAAAAUGUGAAAAAACAACAACUACAACCAAAAAAUGUAAGUUUCAAGCUUAUUAA